AUGUUCGUCUACAAGCGAGAUGGACGCAAAGAACGCGUUCAGUUCGACAAGAUCACUGCCCGUGUCUCGAGGCUGUGUUACGGCCUCGACCCCGAGCACGUCGAUGCUGCUGCCAUCACACAGAAGGUUAUCUCUGGUGUCUACCAGGGCGUGGGCACUAUCGAGCUGGACAACUUGGCUGCCGAGACUGCCGCGUACAUGACCGUGACACACCCCGACUACGCCAUCCUGGCCGCUCGUAUCGCCGUUUCCAACCUCCACAAGCAGACCAAGAAGCAGUUCUCCAUGGUCAUCUCCGAUCUCUACCACUAUGUCAACCCCAAGAACAAUAAGCCCGCUCCCAUGAUUUCUCAGCACAUCUACGAGAUUGUCAUGAAACAUGCCGAUGAGCUUAACUCGGCUAUCGUCUACGACCGUGACUUCAACUACAACUAUUUCGGCUUCAAGACUCUUGAGCGUUCAUAUCUUCUGCGCAUCAACGGCAAGGUUGCCGAGCGUCCUCAGCACCUGCUGAUGCGUGUCUCCGUUGGUAUCCACGGCGAAGAUAUCGAGAAGGCCAUCGAGACCUACCACUUGAUGUCCCAGAAGUUUUUCACUCACGCUUCCCCUACCCUUUUCAACGCUGGUACCCCCCAGCCCCAGCUGGCUUCCUGCUUCCUGGUUGACAUGAGUGCGGACAGCAUUGAGGGUAUCUACGAUACUCUGAAGACCUGUGCCAUGAUUUCCAAGACUGCUGGCGGUAUCGGUCUCAAUGUGCACCGCAUCCGCGCCACUGGUUCCUACAUUGGUGGAACCAACGGUACCUCCAACGGUAUCGUCCCCCUCCUGCGGGUGUACAACAAUACUGCCCGCUACGUCGACCAGGGUGGUAACAAGCGUCCUGGUGCCUUUGCCAUCUACCUUGAGCCUUGGCACGCGGAUGUCUUCGAGUUCCUCGACCUCCGCAAGAAUCACGGUAAGGAGGAAGUCCGUGCCCGUGACCUCUUCUACGCUCUGUGGACGCCCGAUCUGUUCAUGAAGCGUGUUGAGGCUAACGGCGACUGGACCCUGUUCUGCCCCAACGAGGCUCCCGGUCUGGCCGAUGUCUAUGGCGAGGAGUUCGAGUCUCUCUAUGAGCGCUACGAGAAGGAGGGUCGUGGCCGUAAGACCAUCAAGGCUCAGAAGUUGUGGUAUGCCAUCCUCGAGGCUCAAACCGAGACUGGAAACCCCUUCAUGCUGUACAAGGAUGCUUGCAACCGCAAGAGCAACCAGAAGAACUUGGGUACCAUCCGCAGCUCCAACCUGUGCACUGAGAUCAUCGAGUACAGCGCUCCUGAUGAGGUCGCUGUUUGCAACUUGGCUUCCCUUGCUCUUCCUACAUUCGUUGAUGCUGCUCGUGGCGAGUACGACUUUGGCAAGCUGCACGAGGUUGUGCAGGUUUUAGUUCGCAACCUAAACAAGAUCAUCGAUAUCAACUACUACCCCGUUCCCGAGGCCAAGAAGAGCAACUUCCGCCACCGCCCCAUUGCUCUGGGUGUUAACGGUCUUGCUGAUGCCUUCCUGGCUCUGCGUCUGCCCUUCGACUCGCCCGAGGCCAAGCAGCUGAACAUCCAGAUCUUCGAGACCAUCUACCACGGUGCUCUGUCCGCCUCCUCGGACCUUGCCAAGCUGCACGGUACGUACGAGACUUACGAGGGCUCCCCCGUCUCGCAGGGCAUCCUGCAGUACGACAUGUGGGACCGUACCCCUACCGACCUCUGGGACUGGGCUGCUCUGAAGGCCAAGAUUGCCGAGACCGGUGUCCGCAACAGUCUGCUGGUGGCUCCCAUGCCCACUGCCUCUACCAGUCAGAUCCUGGGCUUCAACGAGUGCUUCGAGCCCUACACCUCGAACAUCUACUCCCGCCGUGUCCUGGCUGGUGAGUUCCAAGUCGUCAACCCCUGGCUCCUGAAGGACCUGGUCGACCUGGGUCUGUGGUCGGACAACAUGAAGAACCGCAUCAUCGCCGAUGGUGGUUCCGUCCAGAACAUCCCCAACAUCCCCGCCGAUAUCAAGGCCCUGUACAAGACCGUGUGGGAGAUUUCCCAGCGCUCUAUCCUCCAGAUGGCCGCCGACCGUGGUGCCUUCAUCGACCAGUCCCAGUCCCUUAACAUCCACAUGAAGGAGCCCACCAUGGGCAAGAUCACCUCCAUGCACUUUGCUGGCUGGAAGAUGGGUCUGAAGACCGGCAUGUACUAUCUGCGUACCAUGGCCGCCUCCGCCCCCAUUCAGUUCACCGUCGACCAGGAGGCUCUGAAGGUCGAGGACACCAACGUCGCCCGCGCCAAUUCCGCCUUCAAGAAGCGUGCCGUCGGCACCGCCGGCUCCUCUUCCUACUCCGCCGUGCCCCGUGCCAAUGGCGCCGGGGCUGUUGCUCCCAUCGUGGCACCUAUCCUGGAGAGCCCUCGCACCGUCGCCGAGCCCGUCGUUGCUGUUCCCGUCCCCGUCGAGGCGACCGCCGAGGAGGAGACCGAGGAGACUGCUGCUGAAAAGGAUGGUCCCGCCGGCGAUAUCUUCUCGCAGGCUGUCCUGGAAUGCAGUAUCGAGAACAAGGAGGCCUGCCUCAUGUGUCAGGGCUAA